AUGUCGCAGAUCUACUUAAAUUCGUCGAUGCUGCGUCAAUUGAAUCAUACGGUCCAGGCGUACUUCUCGGACUGGAUUAAAAUGCAGCAGCUCACGUUCAACCACACAAAGCUCGCCAAUAGCCAGGCUGCAAUGAAGACCAAUUCCACGACGUUCCUGGUUACGCUUCUCGUAGCAUUUGUUUUAUACAGAUGGCUUUUCCCAGCUUGCCAGAGAGUUAGGCAAAAGCCUGCUAAAUUUGAACUUCCGCUGCCCGAGGCCGCUCAAAAGAACUGGAAAGGAAAGCGCUUGUUUCCAGCAUCUCUUUCGAAUAGCGAGAGCCCCAACCGCAUUCAAUGUUACUGUCCUGCCACGGGCCAAUAUCUCGGGUCGUAUCCUUCGAUGACCGAGCAGGACAUUGACACACUUGUUUCCAAAGCUACGAAAGCGCAAUUGAAAUGGCGCGAAACUUCUUUUGAAGAGCGUAUCCGGGUGCUUCUUUCCCUUCAGGAAUACAUUAUCGAAAACCAGGACUCUAUCGCGCGUGUGGCCUGUCGGGAUUCGGGUAAGACCAUGCUUGAUGCGUCAAUGGGCGAGAUCCUGGUUACGCUUGAGAAGUUGCAAUGGAUCAUCAAAAAUGGCCAAAGCGCACUGCAACCAUCCAAGCGUUCUGGUCCAAGCAACUUCUUCAUGAAAUGGUAUAAGGGCGCUGAAGUUAGAUACGAGCCGCUAGGCGUUGUUGGCGCUUUGGUUUCCUGGAACUACCCAUUCCACAACUUGCUUGGCCCUAUUAUCGCAGCUAUUUUCACUGGUAAUGCUAUUGUGAUAAAGUGCUCUGAGCAGGUGGUCUGGUCUUCGGAGUUCUUUGCAGCUUUGUGUAGAAAGUGUUUGGAAGCAAAUGGCUUUGAUCCUGACAUUAUUCAACUAUGUUACUGCAGCCCUCCAAGUGCUACUGAUGAUGCCGCUAACUACUACUCUUCUCACCCUGGCCUCAAGCAUUUGACUUUUAUUGGGAGCAAGCCUGUUGCCCACCAUGUUUUAACUGCCGCUGCCAAAAGUUUGACCCCUGUUGUUGUUGAAUUGGGAGGAAAAGACGCUCUGAUUGCCCUUGACUCUGUCAAAGAUAUUAAUGCCUUGUCUUCAAUUAUAAUGCGUGGAACUUUUCAGUCUUCCGGUCAAAACUGCAUCGGGAUUGAGAGGGUCAUUGUAUCUGCUCAAAACUACGAUAAGCUUGUUUCGCUACUAGAGCAGAGGGUGGGCCAGCUCAGGCUUGGAUCUGACAUUGACAACUUAGAAGAUGUGGACAUGGGAGCUAUGAUAUCAGACAACAGAUUCGAACAGCUCGAAAACAUGAUCAAAGAUGCAGUUGCUAAGGGUGCACGCCUUCUCCAUGGUGGUUCUCGCUACACUCAUCCAAACUACCCUCAAGGCCACUACUUUCAGCCCACUCUUCUUGUUGAUGUCACUCCCAACAUGGAAAUUGCCCAAAACGAAGUUUUCGGUCCUAUUCUUACGGUAAUGCGUGCUAGCGACACCAACGACUGUAUCCGUCUUGCUAACUCCGCCCCAUUCGGACUUGGAGGCUCCGUUUUCGGGAACGAUUACGCUGAAUGCAACUAUGUGGCAAACCAUCUAAACACAGGUAAUGUCGCGAUCAAUGAUUUUGCCACUUUCUAUGUUUGCCAGCUUCCCUUUGGAGGAAUUAAUGGUUCGGGUUAUGGUAAGUUUGGUGGCGAAGAAGGAUUGACUGGCCUUUGUAAUGCAAAGAGUGUGUGUUAUGACAAACUACCGUUCAUUUCCACACAGAUUCCAAAGCCUCUCGAUUAUCCAAUCAAGAGCAAUGCUUCGGCUUGGAACUUCGUCAAAAGUUUGAACACUGGAGCUUACACAACUUCCACCUGGAAGAGAAUAAAGUCGGUAAUUUCGUUAGCUAAAGAAGCUUGA